AUGGUAGGAAUGAUACAAGGCAACUUAUCGGUGUUCGAUGGUAAGCACUAUGAUGAUUGGUGUGUGAAGAUGGAUGUCAUCAUGGGCUAUCAAGAAGUCGAUGAGAUUGUCAAGAAAGGUCUUAAAGAACCUUCAAAAGGAGAUUCGGAAGAAGUGAAGAAAAGCUACAAAGAAAACAAGAAACUGGACUGUAAGGCACACAUGCUGCUGCAUCAAUGCGUUUCUCCAGCAAUCUUCCAAAAGGUAUCGAAAGCAGCCACAACCAAGGAAGCGUGGGAUAUACAACAAGAGGGAUAUGGAAAUUCUGGAAAAAUUAAGAAGGUCAGGUUACAAUCACUGCAAAGGCAAUAUGAGCUCCUGAGUAUGGAAAAGCAAGAAACGAUUGAAGAAUAUGUUGGAAGAAUUCAGAUCAUGGUAAAUGCAAUGCGGGGUUGUGACAAGAUUGUAAAAGACAAGAAGAUUGUGCAUAAAAUUUUGAGAACGUUGACACCUCAGUAUGACCACAUUGUUGUGACUAUAGAAGAAAGCAAAGACUUGGAAACGUUGAGAGUGGAAGAACUACAAAACUCACUUACAGCGUAUGAGCAACGGUUGAUCGAGAGAAAGGCUGCAGAAAAAGGCGCUACACAGAGCACGAACCAAGCUUUGCAGGCUAGAGGCAACAAGAAUUUCAAGAACCGUGGAAGAGAAAGAGGAAGAUCACAUGGUGGUCGAACUGGAGGCAAAAUGAGUAACUCCUCGGAAAGAGAAGGAAAUAGUAGAGGGGGAAGAAAGUCAAGAGGAAGAGGUAGAAAGAACUAUGAUAAAAGAAAUGUUCAGUGCUUUAACUGCAGCAAAUACGGACAUUACACAUCUGAGUGCUGA